AACGAAACUAAAACUAAAAGUUCUAUCACUCGUCAAAGCCUGUGAAGAGAUUUGAGCAACUAGAUUAACAGAGACGCUUCGUUUGAAAUGGCAUUUUAUAACCCGAGACUCCCUUUCACUGACUUGAUCCAAGGUGGUCUUCAGGUGAUGAAAACCAUCACUGUUACUGGGAAAGUUCCCCAGGAGGCAGAUAGGUUCCAUGUAAAUUUGCAGUGUGGUUCUAGGGCCGGAGCAGACAUUGCCCUUCACUUUAACCCACGCUUUGACAGAAACCCUGCUUAUGUGGUGACCAACACCUUUAAGCAGUCCAGCUGGGGUGAAGAGGAGAGGAAGCAGCCUUCCCCCUUUCAACAGGGCUUCAGCUUCACUCUCAUUAUUAUCGUCCAACAGGAUGCCUUCCAGUUGAAUGUAAAUGGGAACCACUUCAUGACCUACAAGCACCGUUUGCCCAUUCAUGUAGUAGACACAAUCUCAGUUCAAGGAAAGGUGGAGGUGACCUCCAUCACCUUUCAGAAUCCUGCACCACAGCCUGGAUAUCAGGCACAAUUUGCAUAUCCAACACAAGCAGGUGUCCCUUCUUAUCCGGGAUUUGGGGGACAACCAGGAUUUCCAGCACAACCAGCAUUCCCUCCACAAUUUGGAUACCCAGGAUAUGCUGCGCAACCAGGGUUUAUGGCACAACCAGGACUUCUGGUUGUCCCAUACAGGAAUGUGAUCAAUGGUGGACUCAGCAUUGGACGCACCAUCAACAUCCAGGGAGUGAUUAACCCCAAUGCAGACAGGUUCACUGUUAACCUACUGUGCAACUCUGACAUUGCACUGCACUACAAUCCCCGAUUUGGUGAGAAUGUAGUUGUACGCAACAACAAAUCGAGGGACCAGUGGGGACAAGAGGAACGCUCUGGUGGAAUGCCCUUCCACAAGGGCCAUCCCUUCAGGCUGUCUAUUUACUGUGAUACUCAGUGCUACAGGAUUGUGGUCAAUGAGAAUCAGACGAUCACCUUCAACCACCGCCAACAACACCUCCAGCAGAUCAAUGUCCUGGAGGUGAAUGGAGACCUCAGUUUAAACUCUGUGAUAUUUUAAGGCUGUGGGUCACAACUAUCGGUUUGGUGACCAAUAUACUUAAUUUUGUCACCUGCCCUUUUUAUCGUAUAAUUCCAUAGUCAGGCAUUCCAUAGUCAGUGUCAGUCAUCAGCAUAUAACAUUAUUAAUCAUUAAUCGUUAUACAGCAAUGAGUGACCAAUCCUAUCAUCUCAAAUAUUAUACCAUAAUCAGAAACUAUAUUUUCAUUUAGUUCUUUAAUCAAGAAUCUCUUAAAAAUCAAGAAAUAAUUUUGUAUUGCAAGUGCUUCCAAAUGUUUAGGCCAGGCUUUUUCAACAACCUAUAUGUACAGACUUCAAUACUAAAUAGCUCCAUUGCAGUGAACAAUGAAGAAUAAAAAUAACGGCUGUAGUAUUGUACACUGAUAAACAUACCUUCUCAAAAAAAGAAAAUGUUAGGCACAUUGCAAUUUGAAAUGUCUUUCCGAUAAUGUGCAUAAUCCAUUCAUAUUUGUUGACUAAAUCUGUUUUGAAAUGAUUCCGAAUAAUCGCGUUUACACCGGUGAUUUAUGCUAAAUUCUGCAGGCUACAUCUCAGACUCAGUGCUCCGGUUUUCUAUUGAGUCAAUGGUUUUGUACUACAUUCGGUCUUUCCAACUAUUUCCGUUACCGAGUCUUUGCUUCCCUGUACUGUUGCUUAAUUUUCAUAAUUUUUUUCAGGGAUCUGUUUGAUAGGAUGACAACCAUUACAAGAUGCCUAAAGCAAACGAUACACAUCGCCAUUCAAAAAGAACAACAUGCCGCGUUUUCACACGUACAUGUCAAUCUGCAAACCCCGCCCUAUGUCCUAAAGUCCGUGGCUUGGCACCAAGUGAGAGCCGGACUACUCGGCCAUGGCCUAGUGGCCGACUGGCACUGGGCCCUGUAAGUGGAAAAAUAUAUUUUUUUACUGGUGCCACCAGUGUUUGGCACCAAUGGCAACGAGUAACGUAACCGUUAGUUUAAGUAAUCCCUUACAAUUAUUUUGUGAUAUGCCAGACUUGACUUUCUUGAGAAGUACAGUGGACCAGUGAUUCUGUCAAGAAAAAAAACAUCAAUAAUCAAAACGUUUUGUUAUACAAAUUUGUCAGAGUACAACAUCUUUUUUAAGGGUAUUUAGCUUAUUGUGCGAUUUUCUGCUUGCAAUUUGAGAAACACAGAUUGCGUUGUCAUAGUAAUCGGAUAAUGCCAGGCGCGCAGAUGGCACUAGGGACGGGGGGGACAUGACCCCCCCAUAUUCAUAGAGACCCGAUCCGUCCCCCGCCCUCACUAUUGCUACGAAAGGCGAAAUAAAUCGGUAAAACAGAGGACUAACCAGUGUUUACACUCACUCUCUGUGUAUGUGUGCUACGACUCCUGAGUGACGCGUCGCCGGGGUCCUAUGAGGAGCUGGUAGGUGCCUCAAUCGUGCCUGUAGGAGCGGUAACCGGUUACCAUAGUGAUCAUAUAUACCAUCUAUGACUGAGCUGAGUCUGUGAUUUUCUGAUCUGAAUCGACUGUAUAAAUGCCACAUAAAGGCAAUGAAGAGACAAAAAACAAUCACCUUGUUUUUUCAAAAACCAAACAAUGUAAGUAUCCUAUACCUGUUGACUUUCCCAGAUCUGGCAGAUUAGAUUUGUUAAGGGGAAUAGCUAGUCUGACAAUAAUGGCAAGAAGGCUUUUGCACUUAGCAAAUACAGCAAAAUGUGGAGACAAUAACUAUGCAUUUAGGUGAGGGGACAGAGGCAAAUAAUGAAUGAACACAAAAAGAAUGGUUGGAUAAAUCAAACAAUUUAUCGUUGUCAGGAAAUAAUGUUUAAUCUUAUCAUCUAACCCAUUGUACUGUAUACAUUGACUGAAGUAUGUUCACUGUCGUGUAAGCCACUAUAAAAAUAAUUAUAUCAAGUAAAUUUGUGUGGUGAAAAGUUUAUGCAAACAACAAAUAAAGGCCUACCUAAACUUUU